AUGGAUGAAACUCACUUGAAUUUUUCUAACUCUUACAGCAACAUGCUGACAACUUUCAACGCAUCGACGACUUCCAACUUUUCCACAUCAGACGACGACAAAGUUGUCUACUUCAUGGGCCACUACUUUCCGUUCUGUUCUUUUAGACAUCCAGAAUUAGAGAAGAAGGAUGAAACCAUGGAUGUCACUGGUAGGAGCGGAAGGAUGAAGCAGGACAAACAGUCUUCUUGUUGGAUGCAUCUCAUUAUCAUGCUACUCAUCAUCGUCAUGUUUUGCACCAUUGUUUAUUUUGGAUGGCGUAUGAUGAAGAGGAGGCGGAACAGGCGUGUGCAACGAAUUGAAACAGUUGAAAACCCCAAGUACGCGUUGGAGAGGAAUCCGUCCAGGUGCAAAUACUCCAGGGGCAACGUUCUCUACACUGGAUCGACGCAUUCUCCACCAGCAGUUGAGUUCAUUACAGAAGAUUCAUCCGCUGACGCUGGCAAACCAUCCAACCAGAAUCAUAAGUCCAUAGAAGCUUUGAUGGAAACAGAAAAAAAUGAUUGUUAA